AUGUUGAAAAGUCUGAAAAUUUUGUCUCUGUGCUUACACCGCGUCAGUAGAGUUUACAGUUUAUGGGGAAUGGCCAAAGUUCCAGCAACAAUGGAGAGAUACAUAGUUCGAUGUUCUUCUUCUAUUAACCCCUCUUUGAGCUCCCUCUUCGUCUCAUACCACUUCGCUCCGGCGUUAGGUUAUUCUAUUCCCUCUUCUGGUGCUGCUCUUCUCGGUAUUCAUACAAGCGUGUUCAUAUUCUCUCAAACAUUUACAAUGGGGGACUCGGAAAACGCACAGCAACCUUCCAAAAAGAGAGGCGCCUUGAAGCAGCUGACUCGUGAGACUCUAGGUGCUGAUGAUGAUGACGAGACAACUGAUCUCGAGACUGGAACUUUCAAGAAGGCCAGUGAUGAGGUAUUGGCAAGCAGAAGAAUCGUCAGAAUCAAACGCAAAGAGCCCUCAGCUGCACCAGCCUCAGCACCCAAUCCAUUUGCUGGAAUUCAAUUGGUCCCUCCUAUUGCACCUGCACCUGCUUUAGCCACUUUUGGAACAAAUGCACCUCUGGCUGAGACUGACGUGGCUCCAGCCGAAGCAGUAGUUGAAAAGGCAGUUGAUAGCGGCGAGGAAGAUGAAGUUGACAGUAAGAAGGUUGAUGUCAAAGACGCUGCUGGAGAAGAGACUGAAAAGGCUAAAGAUGAGGAUAAUGUAGACCAGACGGUCUCAGGUGUUACAAUCACUAGCAACGUUGUUGAAGGAACAGACCAAACUGAGGAUCCUCUUGAGAAGGAAUCAGGAGGUGAUCAAGCUGAGAGAAAAGAGAAAGAAGGAGAAGAAAGCGAAGAAGCAGAUAAGAAUGGCGCUUUGAGUUCGUUCCAACAGCAUUCGAGUAGCAAAAACGCAUUCACUGGACUUGCGAGUACAGAGGGUUCUGGUUCUUCUUCGUUCUCAUUCGGUUUGGUCUCUCAGGAUGGUGGUUCGACUGGUUCUGGUUCUCUCUUCGGCAACAGCUCUUCCCUUUUCGGUGCGUCUGGAUCUUCCAUUAUCAAGAAGAGUGAAGGUAGUGGGUUUCCACCAAAGCAAGAGGUCUCCACAGAGACAGGAGAAGAGAACGAGAGAGUCGCUUUCUCGGCUGACUCGAUAGUGUUUGAGUAUCUUGAUGGAGGAUGGAAAGAGCGUGGGAAAGGAGAAGUCAAGGUCAAUGUGUCGAGCAGUGGUGGCAAGGCAAGGUUGGUUAUGAGAGCUAAAGGAAACUACAGGCUGAUCUUGAACGCGAGUGUGUACCCGGAGAUGAAACUUGCAGCCAUGGACAAGAAAGGAAUCACGUUCGCUUGUGUGAAUAGUGUAAGCGAAGGCAAAGAAGGUCUCUCUACAUUUGCGCUCAAGUUCAAAGACCCGACGAUCGUGGAAGAGUUUCGUGUAGCCAUCGAGAAACAUAAAGGCAGUAAACCGGUAGAAGAAGAAGCAGAAGCAGCAGCUCUUCCUCUGAAGACACCUGAGAAUUCUCCAGCAGCUACAGAUGCUUGA